AUGCAGUCUUCUCGUAUUGCCAUGCGCUCUCUUUCCGGUUCUACCCGCCGUAUUACCGCUGCUUCUAUGGUACGCGGUCUCCGUCAAGCAAGAAACUUGCACGUUCAAGCACCAGCUGCCAUGUACAUGCGCUCGGAUCGCUUAAGUCAACACCCUCUUAGCUUUGGUGUCUCCCGUACUCAAGUUAGACAUUAUGCUGAUAAGGUGAUCAAGGUCCCACAAAUGGCCGAAUCUAUCUCUGAAGGCACUCUCAAGCAAUGGGUCAAACAGGUUGGCGAGUUUGUCCAACAAGAUGAGGAAGUUGCCACUAUUGAAACUGACAAGGUGGAUGUCACUGUCAACUCUCCUGCUUCUGGUACCAUCAUUGAAGUCUAUGCUCAAGAAGAAGACAACGUCGCUGUUGGUGCUGAUUUCUUCAAGCUUGAAUUGGGUGAUGCUCCAAAGGAAGGUGCUGCCAAACCUGCUCCCAAGGAAGAACCCAAGCCUGCUGAAGAGAAGCCUGUUGCUGAAGAAAAGCCUGCUGCUCAAGAAAAGCCUGCCGAACCUACUCCUGCACCCGCUGCUGCUGCUCCUCCCACACCUGCUGCUGCUCCUUCAAGCACACCUGCACCUGAAGAACCUGCAAAGAAGACCUUGGGUAACCGUACUGAAAACCGUGUGAAAAUGAACCGCAUGCGUGCUCGUAUUGCUGAGCGUCUUAAGCAAUCUCAAGAAACCGCUGCUGCUCUUACCACCUUCAACGAAAUCGAUAUGACCAACCUUAUGAACUUGCGUAAGGAAUACAAGGAUGCUGUUGUCAAGAAGCAUGGUGUCAAGUUUGGUUUCAUGUCUGCUUUCGUCAAGGCAUCAGCUGUUUGUCUUGAAGAAUUGCCUGCUGUCAACGCAUACAUUGAGGAGAAUGAGAUCGUUUACCACGACUAUGUCGAUAUCAGCGUUGCUGUGUCUACCCCCAAGGGUCUUGUUACUCCCGUCCUUCGCAACGUUGAGGAUAUGAGCUUCAUUGAUAUUGAAAAGAACAUUGCUGGUCUUAGCACCAAGGCACGUGAUAACAAGAUUACCAUCGAAGACUUGACCGGUGGUACCUUCACUAUCUCAAAUGGUGGUGUCUUUGGUUCGCUCAUGGGUACUCCCAUCAUCAACAUGCCCCAAACCGCCAUUCUUGGUAUGCACGCUAUCAAGGAAAGACCCGUUGCUGUCAAUGGCAAGGUUGAAAUCCGCCCUAUGAUGUAUGUCGCUCUCACUUACGAUCACCGUCUUGUUGAUGGUCGUGAAGCCGUUACCUUCCUUGUAAGACUCAAGGAGAUGGUUGAAGAUCCCAGACGCUUCUUGCUCGGUGUCUAA